CCCAAAGCCUCCGCCCACCACCCGACGCCUGCGCAGGAGCCAACAGUCUGCGGACGGAGACCUGACGCCCACCGUAACCACAAAUAGUACAUCCCCCACCGGCUCGCUCACUGGACUUCCUCAGCAAACGCUGUGUCUUACAUAAAAAUGAGAGUGGGCGGGCAAGAGGUUUCGGCCUGCUUUGGGCUCCCUGUGUCGCCAACGGGGAAGAAGCUAUUCGACGCCCUUUUCGCAGGGUGCCAAGGUGGCCCGUCCUCCCUGCCAACAGUGCUUGGGGUGCCGAUCCUGAAGUAGAAUAAGGCACAAAGAAAGUGUAGCUUCUGAGCUGAAUGAUGGCAACACUGCAGAGUAAAGAAGAAUGUGGGAAAGGACCAAAGAAAAUCUUUGCUCCACCUGUACAGAAAUUACAUAGCUUGAUGUCCUAUAGCCUUAACUCACCCAAGGAAGAGACCCUGGGAAUCAAUUCCCCAGCGGCAGAGGCCAGACCAAGCCUGCCAAAAGCCAGGUUAGAGGAGAAGAAGGAGAAAGCGACCUCAGAAAAUGGUCCAAGCAAUGGCCAGGAGAAAAAAGGAAAAGUUCAAGACAAGCGAGCAGUGAAGAAAGGAAAGGAAAAAGCAAGUCUUACCAAUGACGAAUUUGAGGAGAUUGUCCAGAUUGUGCUACAGAAGUCUCUUCAGGAGUGCUUGGAGACUUCCUGUGCCCAGUCCGUAAGAUCUACCCAGUUAGACAAGGAACCAGGAAUUGCUUCUCCUACUACUGAUAAUGCUCAUGCUAAUGGAGGGAGGAUAAUGGGACCUGACAUUCUAGAGCUUUCAGCCUCUCAGGAAGAUGGAGUAAUCCCUGAGAUAGAGACAUCUAAGACAAGCCAGCCAGAUCCUGUAUCCUCUGAGAAGAAAUUCAAUAGACUCUCCUUAAGCAAAGGAAAGAAGGAAGCUCGUAAGUAUAUGGAGAAAACCCAAAGUGGACAUGAGCAUAAGCAAAAAGACCAACCAAAGAAAAUAGUUCGGGAUCAUUCUCACAUCAGGGAACAGCAAAAAGGAGAAGAAAGUGGUUUUGGUCAAUGUCAAGUGUGGGUCCAGUGUUCCUCUCCAAACUGUGAGAAAUGGAGGCGACUUUGUGGGAACAUCGACCCCUCUGUCCUUCCAGUUAAUUGGUCCUGUGACCAGAAUACAGACUUGGAGUAUAAUUGCUGUGAUAUCCCUGAGGAGACCUGGACAGGGCGUGAGAGUGAUGUGGCCUAUGCCUCCUACAUCCCAGGAUCCAUCAUCUGGGCCAAGCAAUAUGGUUACCCCUGGUGGCCAGGCAUGGUAGAAUCCGAUCCUGACCUGGGGGAAUAUUUUCUUUUUGCUUCUCAUCUUGAUUCCCUGCCGUCCAAGUACCAUGUGACAUUUUUUGGAGAAAGAGUCUCUCGCGCUUGGAUCCCAGUCAACAUGCUGAAGAACUUCCAGGAGCUGACCCUAGAGCUAACUGGAAUGAAAAACUGCAGGAACAAGGACUGCAGCCAGAAACUAGGGGCAGCCCUGAUGAUGGCUCAAGAGGCAGAACAGAUCAGUAUUCAGGAGCGGGUUAACUUGUUUGGUUUCCGGAGCCGAUUCAAUGGAUCUGAUGAUAGUGGGGAAGGAAAAGACUUAAUGCUCUCUGGGCCUAACAGCCCAGAUUCCUGCUUGGAGAAAGAAGAGGAAGAGUCAGAGUUGGAGGAGGAGGAGGAAGAGAAAAAAGACCCAACUUUGCCCAGUCCCAAGCCAGCCAAAAUUCAGACCAAAAAACCCAAGGCAAGAGGUAUAGCAAAUGGACAAGAUGGAACCCCUCAAAGGAAGACAGUGAAGAGAUCUCUGGGAAAUGAAUCUGCAGCUCCUCCUGUACCCAUAAUAGGAAGGAAAGGACAUGGAAAUUCAUAUCCUGACCAGCCAGGCCCUACAAAAAAAUUUAAAGCUCCCCAAAUCAAGGCCUCCUUAACCAACUUGUCUGAGGAAAAAGAAGCUAGAAUGGUGCCAAAGGGCCUGACCCCCACAGUUCAUUGUGGGGCCUGUCCUGUGGUGGGAAAAGAAGGGCCUGGACCCCAGGAGCUACCACCUCAGCAGGCUAGAAGUUUCCACCCUGAUGAUGAAGACUCCAGUGACCUGGACCUGGAGCAACUCCUGGAAGAAGUUGGAAAAGAGCUGGAACAGAGAGAAGAGCCACAGCUCAGGGAUGAUGCAGAGGAGUUCACCAUGGCCUUCUUCGAGGAAUAGCUGUGUGCUCCUGCUUCCUUCCCGCUCUCCAAGCCCCUGCCUUGGGAGCAGGAGAGUCUCUUAGUGGGUCCCUGAGAAGCUGAUAAGUUUGGGGUGUUUGUUGGCUAUGAGGUUAAUGGCUAAAAUCAGAGCUGUGCAGUUUGUGUUUUAAUAAAACAGUUACUAGUUAA